AGAAACAACACAAAUUUAGAAUUAUAACAAUGUCCUAUUGUUUAAUUUCAUGGGGUGCCAAUUCUCAUGGACAGCUUGGACAAGGAAUUCAGUCGGAAGAAUGCGUUUUGCCUCGCGAAGUUAAUUUAUCAAAGUGUUCAUUAGAGCCGCAGAAGAUAAAUAAAAUUGUCGGUGGUGCUGGUCAUACAUUAAUUUUAGACAAUUACGGUCGCGUUUAUUCCUGCGGUUGGAACAAUAAAGGCCAAGCGGGUUUUCCAGUGAAAGAGAACGUUCUUUCUUUUCGAAAAUUAAAUGGAAAACUGAAAGGCAAGGUAGUUAUAGACGUAGCAUGCGGCUGGGAUUGGUCUGCAGCACUAACAAUAGAAGGCACCUUAUUUCUUUGGGGCUCGAAUUGUUUCGGACAAUUGGGCGAACACCCAAGUAAGCUCCAAUGGACGUACGAGCCUUUUGAGGUUGUAAUUGAUCGAAAAAUCAAAGGAGUUUCCAUUGGUUUAAGACACACUGCCCUACUAACAGAGGAUCAUAAAAUUUUAGUAGCCGGUGCAGGUAACAAAGGACAAUUAGGUCUAAGCUCUCUCGGGAAUGACAAAUUUUUAAAUGCCGUUUACACUUUCACAGAAGUUUCAACUCUAACAAACAUAGAAGAUGUUAGUUGCGGUCAACAUCAUACAAUCGUGGUAACGAAAGACAGGGAUCUUUACGCGUUUGGUGAUAAUAAACACGGCCAAUUGGGGUUAGAUACGGAUGCAAUUUCGAGGACAUCUUUUCCAAUCAAAUUAUCGAAUCUUCAUUUUAAAUUGCCGAUUAAGAUACAUAGUGGCUGGUCCCACGUGAUUGCUUUAAAUGAUGGUCAGAUUUAUGGUUGGGGUCGAAAUACGUACGGACAAUUAGGUAUUAUAGAUUUCGAGAGGCCAUCAAUCUGGAAAGCUGUACAAAUAGAAAAUCUAUCGAAAGUUCGUCAAAUUUCUGUCGGAUCAGAACAUAAUGUUGCUUUAACCGAAAAUGGAAAACUUUUCUGUUGGGGUUGGAACGAACACGGAAAUUGCGGAAAUGGUAAUACAAAAGACGUUCAAUUUCCAGAACAGGUUUUACUUUCCUACGAUUAUACGGGAAUACUCGUCGGAACUGGCGCGGGUCAUUCAUUUGCUGUAAUAAAAAAAUCUUGA